AUGUUUCAGCACUUAAACUGUCGAGUACUUCCAGGUGAAGUGCCCUUGUGGCCAUGCAGGAGAAGAGGCAAAUCCACCUUUUGGAUAUUCCCUCGGUACUUCGAACCUGGAAAGGACCUGCCAGAUCGACACCUACAUGAUCGAAUGGACGUGAUGGAAUGGUGCGACCUUUUGGCAGCGCUGGGCUGUCCGGGUAAAAGUGGAAGUAUGAUCGGAUUGACAGUAUCGAUGGGCAAAUUUGAACUUUGUAGGCGGCCGCUGCACCGCAAAAUGCCAUCCUUGUCUGGGCAGCCUUCACGUCGGCCGUUGUUACUACUGACGAGUGGGACGCUCGCGCCACUGCAUAUUUCUGACAAUUCCGGUAUUUCGUUUAAUAGCCUCGUUUGUUUUCUUGUGCACUUGAUUGUUUGA